AUGGUCAAGAUCAAGUACUGUCUCGUCGUCGUCGCGAUCGGUCUCGCCUCCGCUUCGGCUGCUGCAAUCGUCAAAGGCGAUGCGCAGGGCGCGAUCGUUGUCAAGCGCGAUAGUGACCUUGCUCAUCGCGACAAUGCUGGUCUGACCGGCGAUAACCCCAUGUCUACGAGUGACCAGCCUAUGCAUCCGUCGGGAUCGGGCAAUGGCGGUUCCGGGAAUCCUGCGGACACUGACGAUGCUGCUUCACGCUCUGGUGAUGGCGACUCGAGCCGUCGUAACAGGAUCGUCGGUGAUCGAACUGUUCCCAGUAGCGGCGAUGACAAGACCAAGCUCAACGGCAAGAGCACCGCUACUGGUGAUUCCACAAGCGCGUCUUCCGACAGUGACGUUGAUGUGGCGGGCACGCAAGAGCAGCUCAAGCAGGUGCUAUUUGCGGAUGCAGACCGACAGACAGCCGAGUUUUUCGCCACUCAUGGCCACUGUACGGGGCCCGACACACGUACGUGCAAGUCGCAAUCGUGUCUGCUCUCGGACCGCGGCUGUAUUGCGUACAGCGCAGACGAGCAGCACGAAAUCGACCAACAGGCGCGCGGUAUGCUGUACAAGGUCGCCAUCACGGGCAAGUGUCAUCCUGGCGACGGCGCGUUCUGCAACCGCCUCGGCUACUGCGAUCACUUUGACGUGCGCGCUGGCGACAAGUGCGGCUUCCUGUCCGAGAACGAGUAUCCGAAAUUGAUCUCGCUCCUUCGACCGCAACCGGAUGGCUCGUUCGAUUUCGUCUCGGACCAAGACUCGGAUGAUCAGCAGAAGAAACCAGCACACGUUCAGCUCGUCACUCGCGCGCUCUCGUCCAACGACAACGACGACGCGCGUGCAACUGGCAGCAAGGCCGACUCGUUGACGCAACAGCAAGUGUUUCAGACCGCGCAUGAAAUCGCUGUGGAACUCGUCACCCAGAGUUCGGCCACUGACGGUAUCUGCCACCACGAAUCGGCGACGUGCCAGAACAGCACAUGCAAGCUCGGCACGUCGGGCUGCUCGGCGCUCACGCCUGAGGAAAAGGACGAGUUCGAGCAGAACAUUACCGAGCUCAUGAUCGAGCUGCUUUCGACGGGCACGUGUCGACGCGGAUCCGAGGGUUGUGACGAGAGCGGACGGUGCGCCAUGUGGAACAAGCGUGGCGAACGCAUUAGAUCGUGCAGGGAGCCUACGAUGGAGCAGAUGGAGCAGAUGAUGGACCAGAUGUUCGCGAGCGAUGGAGAGCAGACGUCUUCCCAGUCUGAGGACCGAAGCGGUAGUGCGGAAUCUGGCGAGCAGACGAGCGAUGCGAAGCGCACUCAAGCCACCGACGAGAGCACGUCAAGCCACGCCAACCGCAUCGUCAAGCGCUCAGACGUGCAAAUGCUCGUCAAGCGCAUCAACCCUCUGUUUCAGCAAGGCGGUCACGGCCCCGUCAUGCCUUCGUCACCCCCGUUCGACGACACCCCGGACCAACAACGCUCGGACGACUACUUGACAGUCCCCGUCUCGUCGCUCGAGUACGACGUCCCCGCGCCCACGCGUCGCCAAGUGCGCGAAUUCAUGAAGUUGUGCAAACAGCUCUCUGAAAACCCGGACCAACUUGAAGAAAUCGCGUUUGCCGCCGACGUCCACGACCAGACCAGCAUCCAGAAACUGCGCGAGCGCUUCGCCUUCCUCGCUACCAACAAGCGCCAAGCCAUCCUAGCGCUCAAGCAGGCCAAGCUCGCACAGAUGCUCGGCGAGAGCAAGCAGACCAACCACAAGGCCGACGACGACCUCUCCGGUGGCCUCGCCGCCGCCACAACCGCCGCCACAGCUGCCGACCACAAGCACGACAACGUCCAGAACGCUCCCACUAACUAG